AUGUCCAACUCUCCAAACAUAUCCAAUAUGGAAAUUGUUCGUGAGUUUCUCGAGCCACAGAUGUUACUAACUAACGAGUCUCAUAACAUUGCAGAAAUUCAUCACUACGCCGAGAAUAUAACGUCUCCUGAAGUGGAUAAACUCUAUCAAGAUGAUGCUGUUUGGAUUAUUACCAGCAGUUUCAUCAUCUUCACCAUGCAUUCAGGAUUCGGCUUGUUGGAAUCCGGAAGUGUUUCUGCCAAAGAUGAAGUCAACAUAAUGGUCAAGAACGUUGUGGAUGUUGUAUUUGGGGGUUUAUCCUAUUGGAGUGUUGGCUAUGGAUUAUCAUAUGGUGAUUACGAGCCAUUUCGAAAUCCAUUCAUAGGUUUUGGACGAUUUUUUUAUGAUCCCACCAGGGAUGAUAUGGCUGUCAAUGCAGAAGGAUGGUCAUACGCAGCAUUUCUGUUCCAACUUAGUUUAGCAACAACGGCUUCUACUAUUGUGUCUGGAGCUGUGGCUGAGAGAGCAAAACUCAAAUCCUACAUCUUAUUAGGGUGUUUGGUAAUUCUCAUUCAAGCUCUUCCUGCUCAUUGGGUGUGGGAUAGUGAAGGAUUCUUCAAUAAACUCGGUGUCGUAGAUUUCGCUGGUUGCUCAGCUGUGCACAUGGUUGGAGGUAUCAUUGGUCUGAUAGCAACAGUUUAUUUAAAACCUCGAAGAAAUCGAUUUCAUGAAGAUAGCGUGCACCAAAUGAGUUCUCCAACUAAUGCCUUGUUAGGUACAUUUCUCUUAUGGUGGGGAUGGUUUGGGAUAAAUGCCGGUUCAGUCUGGGGAAUUACUGGAGGGCGAUGGAGAUUAGGAGCUCGAGCCGCCGUUGCCACAAUUAUGAGUUCGAUAGGUGGAGGUGUGACUUCAAUUGUUAUUUCGUUUGUGAAAACCAAAAAACUUCAAGUUAAUUUUCUCAUCAACGGAAUUCUGUCUUCAAUCGUAUCCAUCACAGCAUUAUGUGCUGUAUCUCGGCCUUGGCAUGCUUUGAUUAUUGGCGGAGUUUCAGCAGCAUUCUCAAUUUCCGUCCUUCCUCUCUUAGAGAGGUUUAAGAUUGAUGAUCCGGUUGGAAUCGUUCCCAUUCAUCUCACUUCCUCUAUUUGGGGAAUGACGGCAGUUGGCAUUUUUUGCGAAAGGGAUAAGUAUCUGCAUCGAGCUACUGGAUUCCGCUCAGGCCUCUUGUACUCGGGUGAUCCAACCUUAUUAGGGAUACAACUGCUUUGUACAGUUACCAUCUUAGCUUAUAGUGCUCUAUUCGGUCUAUUAGUACUAGUGUUAAUAUCAAAAAGCCCUCUUGGUUUGCGUGUCACAGAUUACGAAGAACAAAUUGGAGCUGACGUCAUCGAGCAUGGCUUGGCAGGAACUAACGUGGCCCGUUAUGUAGUGGAAAAGCCACUCAGUACAAGAACAUUUCAAACUGUUACCAAGGCAAUUGCCAAGUGGAAGAUGCUAGCCAAAUCAAAGAGUCGCUCAAAAAGAAUGGAGCUAGCCCGACAAAAAAGAUUAGAAGAGGAAACCAUAGCAGCAGAGCAGUUCAAUAAUGGCAAUCUUAGCAAUGGCACAAGCAAUGUACUGCAGCACAGACGCGUGUCUAAUCAUACCCGCACUUCUACACCUACUUUCAAUUCGACAACUAGUCCCCUAGGACGAUUAACUCAACGCUCUAAUCGUUCGACAUCUAUACAGAUUGAACCACAAACCUCUUCUCGUGGGUUGGUGUAUGUCCGUACUUCUGGCAGACCAGAAAAUGCCUCGGCAAGUGGAAGUCAGCCGGCCGAUCCGGAAGGCAACAAUUCAUCUCAGUCCUCCUCAUCCACUGCAAUAGUUACAUCAGCUCGAGAUGAGCCAAAAGAAAAUACAGUAGCUACAGCAGGAACUCCUACUUCUGCAUCCUCUGUACAUAUCCCACAAAACACUUCGUUGGUACGUUUUGUGCGAGCCCCUCAAAUGAGGUUGACAACACCACCAGCCGAUUUUGAUGGGGUGCCUAAUCCUCCCUCAGCUUUGUCACGUAACAACAAGGUAGUGCCUCAAAACUGA